AUGGCGACGGCAGCAGCUCCCGAAUCCUCUCUCCUCUCCCUUCUCUACCGGUCGUACCCCACCGUCAUCUCUCCAGAUGCGACCGAGCCCGACUACCUCCACGCCUCGUCCAAGAUCUUCCCCCAGGUCACCUUCAACGAGGCAGAGGAAGCCGACAUCAAGCAAUGGCUCCACACCGUUGCCGGCCUGAAGACCUCCCUCGCCAAUGCCGACAAGGACGUCACUGAGGGAAUCCUCGGCCAGCUGAACAUCCACCUCGCCACCCGGACCACCCUCCUCGGCGCGAAGCCCUCGGUCGCCGAUAUUGCCGUCUACGCCCUCCUGGCCCCCGCCGUCGAGAAGUGGACUCCCGAAGAACGCACCGGCGAGAAGGGCUACCACCACAUCGUCCGCCACGUCGACUUCGUGCAGAACGGCCGUCUCUUCUCCCUGCAGAUUCCCGAAGAGGAGAAGAUCGCCAUCGACCUGAACGACGUCAAGUUCGUGCCCAAGCCCGUCGAUCCCAAGGAAGAGAAGGAGCGCAAGAAGCGCGAGAAGGCCAGCGCCCAGAACCCCGACGCAGCCAACGAGUCCAAGCCCCUCGUCAUCGGCCAAGGCAAGGCCGACAAGGCCGCCAAGGCCCAGAACCAGGCUGGCGCUGACGCCCCCAAGACCAACAAGAAGGAGAAGAAGGAGAAGAAAGAGAAGGCCCCCAAGCCCGCUCCCGCACCUGCUGCCCCUCCCGCUCCCUCACUGAUUGACCUGCGCGUUGGACACAUUCUGCGCGCUAUCAACCACCCCAAUGCCGAUUCGCUGUACGUCUCCACUAUUGACUGCGGUGACGCCCCCGGCAGCGACAACACCUCGCUCGAUGAGGAGACCGGUAAGACCGUCCGCACGGUCUGCUCCGGUUUGAACGGCCUGGUCCCCCUGGAGGAGAUGCAGGGCCGCAAGAUCGUCGCCGUGUGCAACCUGAAGCCCGUGACCAUGCGUGGCGUCAAGUCCUGCGCCAUGGUUCUCGCCGCCUCUCCCCGUGUUGCUGAGGGUGAGGACUCGCACGCCGGUCCCGUCGAGCUGGUUACCCCUCCUGCUACUGCCGCUGCCGGUGAACGUAUCUUCUUCGAGGGCUGGAAUGAUGGCCAGCCUGAGAAGCAGCUCAACCCCAAGAAGAAGGUCUGGGAGAUGUUCCAGCCUGGUUUCACUACCACUGCGGACCGUGAGGUUGCCUUUGAUAGCAGCGCUGUUCCUACUGUCCACGGCCAGGAGGGCAAGCCUGCUCUUGGAAAGCUGGUUGCUGCCUCUGGAGGUAUCUGCACUGUCAAGAGCUUGGCUAAUGCUACUGUGCGGUAA